AUGGGCACCGAGGCCGAAAAGCGAGAAGUGGUUCGACGAUUGACGACAGGGCAACAAGAUGUGUUCGUAGCGACGAACGCGUUAGGUUUGGGCAUCGACGCGCCAACGAUCCGAGUGGUCAUCCACAUAGGAGUGCGAAGAUCGAUGCGAGAUUUCGUGCAAGAAAGCGGCCGAGCCGGGAGAGACAGACAGUGGAGCGAAUCGAUCAUCAUGAGAUGGAAACGCACGCAGUCAGAUGGCAGCAUUAUCCGAGAUAAGAUGUGGGGAGCGGAAGAGGCGAUGAAAACAUUUGUCGAAGGCGAGUGUUGCCGACGG